UUUCCGGCAGGAGAGGCAGGGAAGCCAAAGGGCCGCCGAGCUGGCCUGGGAGAGGCGUAGGGCGGAGCGAGAGUGUAGUGACACUCCCUAGGGCGGAGCCCCAGCCAGGGCCCCCUAGACCCAGAGACUCCCGCCUCCAGCCUCUUCUAGGCCGCCGGCCCCGAAGCACUGAGAGCCCCCGAGACCCAGAGACUCCCGCCUCCUGCCUCCUCUAGGCCGCCGGCCGCGAAGCGCUGAGUCACGGUGAGGCGACUGGACCUGCACUCUCUUAAUCUGCCCUCCCUGCAGUCGCUCCCGGAGACUCUGCGCGUCCCAGCCGCCGCUAAGGCUCCAGGUGCCGCUACUGCUGCCCCUCCAUCCUCUACAGCUCAGCAUCAGAACACUCUCUUCUUAGACUCUGAUAUGGGUUCUUCCAAGAAAGUUACUCUCUCAGUGCUCAGCCGGGAGCAGUCGGAAGGGGUUGGAGCGAGGGUCCGCAGAAGCAUUGGCCGACCAGAGUUAAAAAAUCUGGAUCCGUUUUUACUGUUUGAUGAAUUUAAAGGAGGUAGACCAGGAGGAUUUCCUGAUCAUCCACAUCGAGGUUUUGAAACAGUAUCCUACCUUCUGGAAGGGGGCAGCAUGGCCCAUGAAGACUUCUGUGGACACACUGGUAAACUGAACCCAGGAGAUUUGCAGUGGAUGACCGCAGGCCGAGGCAUUCUACACGCCGAGAUGCCUUGCUCAGAGGAGCCAGCCCAUGGCCUACAACUGUGGGUUAAUUUGAGGAGCUCAGAGAAGAUGGUGGAGCCUCAGUACCAGGAACUGAAAAGUGAACAAAUCCCUAAACCCAGUAAGGACGGCGUGACAGUUGCUGUCAUUUCUGGAGAAGCCCUGGGAAUAAAGUCCAAGAUUUACACUCGCACACCAACCUUAUAUUUGGACUUCAAAUUGGACCCAGGAGCAAAACAUUCCCAGCCUAUUCCUAAAGCAAACAGGCUUGAAGAAGUGAAGAGUCUGGUCCUAGAUCUCCCUGAAGGUGAUGCACUGAUUUUGAAACAGGCGCUUUCUGCCUGUAACGGUAUGUGCUCAUUUUCCUUGAAGUUUUUUUAUGAUUGGUUAGUUGGUUUGUUUUCUGUGGUCCUCCACAAAGCCUCCUUUAAAGUUUGCUGCUGUGCUUUGUUUCCCCUCUCCCCAAGAGAGAGUUGCCGGGAUAGAAUUAAAUAUUGAGGCAGGGCAGGCAGAGUGGCCAUGUUACUGGAGAAAUGUUGGAACAUAAUGAGAAGAGUCCGUCUUUCAGUCAGGAGUUUGGCUUGUCCUGGGAGAACAGGGAGCCAUGGAAUGAUUUUAAGUGGAGAUUCUAGAAAGGUGCAAUUGACCAUGGAUCGGCAGCAACCAGUUAGGGGACAUUUCUUUCACCUGUGUGGUUUUUAUCUUAAGAUAGAUAUGAACUAAGUAUGGCACACAUAUAUGUUCACUAUUUCCUCCUUUGUGCUAUUCUGAAUUAAAGUAUUGAAAACAAAAGAAAAUUCUCUAAAUCUGGGAAGGACAGGGAUUAGCAAACAAUUUAGUCUAAUGAAGAAAUAUCAGAUAAACCCAAACUGAGGGAUAUUCUAUAAAAUAACCAGUCUGUACUUUUAAUGAAAGAAAAAGACUGAGGAACUGUUUCAAAUGAAAGAGUAGACAUGACAGCUAAGAGCAGCAUGUGAUCCCAGAUUGGAUCCUGACCUAGAAAUUUAUUUCUCCUUUUCCAUAAAAGGCAUUACUCAGACCAUUGACACAAUUUGAAUAACUGUACAUACAUAGUAGCAUUGUAUCAAUGUUAAUUUCAUAAUUUCCAUAAGUGCACUAUAGUUUUAUAAGAAAAUAUCUUUGUUUUUAGGAAAUACAUAGUGAAAAUUAUUUCAAGGUAAAGGGGCUACAUGUCUGUAAAUUACUCUCAAAUAUUUCAGAAAAAGAAUGACAUUUAUAGCAAGAAGAAUGAUAAAGCAUAUAUGUUAACAUGUUAGCUUUGGGGAAAUCUCGGUGAUUGAUGUACAAUAAUUCUCUGUAGUAUUUUUGUAACUUUUAGAUAUGUCUGAAAUUAUUUUAAAAUAAAAAUUACAAAGAAU